AUGGCGAAACUCAACAUAUUCGGCACAGGCCGUUCGCUGCAAGCGGCCAUCUGGGCGGCCUGUGGAAUGGCCUUCAUUCUCUUCGGCUACGAUCAAGGCGUCUUCUCCGGCAUUGUCGAAAAUGAGAACUUCCUCGAGCAUAUGUCCCACCCCAACGACAGUCUCAUGGGUAUCAUUGUCUCGAUUUACAACCUCGGCUGCUUUACCGGAUGCGUGAUCAAUUUCAUGAUUGCGGAUAAACUAGGCCGCCGCCGUGCUAUGUGGGUUGCUAUGGUCUGGGUCAUUAUCGGAGCAACCCUCCAGACAUCCGCCUACAGCGUUCCCCACAUGAUGGUCGGCCGGUUCGUCACUGGUAUUGGAACAGGCAUCGAGACAUCGACUGUCCCAAUGUGGCAAGCCGAGCUGUGCGAGGCAUCGAAGCGCGGAAAGCUAGUUUGCAGUGAGCCGCUGCUUGUUGGAGUCGGAAUCGUUAUCAGUUACUUCUUCGACUACGGAAUGAGCUUCGUCGGCGGCCAGAUUGCCUGGCGACUUCCCAUCGCCUGCCAGAUGCUGUUUGCCUUCGUUGUGAUUUUCCUCGUCUUUGGCGUCCCCGAAUCUCCCCGGUACUGCUACCAAAAAGGCCGGAACGAAGAAGCCCUUCAGAUUCUGAGUGACGUCUACGGCGUACCAAAAGACGACCCUAAGAUCCAGGCGGAACAGACAGAAAUUUUGGAUGCGCUUGCAAUCGAGAUGAAGCAUGGCGAGUACAAGUGGAGGAAUAUUAUGAAGAGGGACGAGGUCGCCACUGGGAGAAGGGUGCUUCUCGGCUACGGAAUGCAAUUCAUGAACCAAGUCGGUGGUAUCAAUCUCAUUGUCUACUUCAUUCCAACCGUCCUAAGCAACAACGUCGGCUUAAGCCACAACCUAUCCAUGAUCAUCGGCGGUUGCGUGCAAAUCAUGUUUGUCCUCGGCAGUUUCUUCCCAACCUUUUUCGUCGACCGUGUCGGCCGCCGCGCUCCCAUGAUUUGGGGCUCGCUGACGCUAGGCAUCUGCAUGAUGAUGGUCGCUAUCCUGCUCAGCUUCAAGGGCAAAGAAAACGAGCAUGCAGCGUCUUCAGCCUCCAUUGCCUUCUUCUUCGUCUAUAUGUUUGCCUUCGGCGCGUCGGUGAACUGCAUUCCCUGGGUCUAUGUGCCGGAGAUCCUGCCUCUGCAUGCGCGCGCAAAGGGAACAGCUGUGGGGAUCUCUUCGAAUUGGAUAUGGAACUUCUUUGUUGUCAUGAUCACCCCCGUGAUCAUCAACCGGCUGCAGUGGAAGGCAUAUCUCAUCUUCAUGUGUACGAACCUUGCCUUCAUCCCGCUAGUCUACUUCUGCUAUCCCGAGACGGCCAAUCUCACUCUCGAGGAGAUCGAUUACCUCUUUACGAACAAGGAAGAGGGUGCUGUGAAGCUUUCCAAGCAGUUGCACAAGGAGCGCAAGAAGUACGGGCAUACUCGCCGGCUUACGGCUGACAACAUGGGCGGGGUCUUGGGCAAAGGCGAUGAGGCUGCUGAAAAGUCGCCCACUGAUGAGCACGUCGAGAAGGUUGAGGGGGUUUAG